GCGAGAGAGAAGGCAACGAUGUGCUGGCCGCCCAUGCUUCUGUGAAAGCCAAUUCAAAGAGAGAAGGCGUGAGUUUCGCAAUGGCUGCAAACGAGAGUUCUGGUGGUCUUCGCAUCAUCGGUGCAGGCUUUGGGCGCACAGGGUGAGCCGAUGGGUGGAUCGCUUGACAAAAGGAUGGAUGCUUGUGUUGAUGCCUAGCUGCAGGACGUUAUCGCUUAAGAAAGCCCUCGAGAUGAUAGGCUAUGGCCCAUGCUUCCACAUGACAGAGAUCAUCUUUGACCCCAAGGCGCCACGGAAAGCGCGGCAGUGGAAGCAGAUCGUGGACAGAGAUGGCAAUGACGUCGACUGGCACAAGGUAAGCGCACGCAGACAGACAGACAGACAGGCCGGCGGGCAGGCUUGGAUGGAUUGCACUGAUCACCAUGAGCCACAUGUGUCUUAUCGAUGCGAUGCAUGCUGCAGGUGUUCGAGGGCUAUGUGUCUGCCGUGGACUUCCCAAGCGCCCUCUUUUACCAAGAGCAGAUGCAGGCGUUCCCUGACGCAAAGGUGGCUGGCUGCUUUGCUCACAGCUGCCCACCCUCCCUCCCUGAUCGCACACACUGUGUCGCCUCUGCUGUCCCUCUGCCUGCAGGUGAUUCUCACCAUCCGCGACCCUCACAAGUGGUACGCGAGUGCGCGUGAGACCAUCCUGCGGAACCGCCAUAACUUCAAGUCCUUCCCCGUCAACGUCGGCAUCUGGCUGGUGGGGCUCGCCGACCUCACCGACCUCGUCAUGAACUACGGCCGACUGCGGUGCUGCACUGACGCACACGACAUGGACAAGAUGACGGAGGAGGGCAGUGUACGGCGAUUCAACGAGUGGGUGGAAGAGGUGAAGCGGACAGUCCAGCCAGUAGACAAGCUGCUGGUCUUCGAGGUACGCACGGACGGACCAGCAGGAAACAAAGGUGCAUGGACAGACAGACAGACAGACAGACAACAUGCCAUGCACAAUCGGUUUGUGGGUGUUUGGUCAGGUGUCGGAUGGGUGGGAGCCUCUCUGUCGGUUCCUGGAUGUGCCGGUCCCCCCCGUGCCGUUCCCCCGAGUGAAUGAUCGUGACGAGUUCACCACGCGCCAAGGGAAUUACAUGAGGCUCCUCACCGCCAUUGGCUGGGCGGCUGUGGUGAGCGCGGCGGGGGCUCUAGCAGGCUGUGUGUGGCUGGUAGGCCAUGGCAUUAGGAAGAUGAGCAAGUGACUAACAGACGGCAUUGGUGGUUAAUAUAUGGGGUGUGAGCCGUUUGUAAGUGUGUGUGUAUGUAUGUAUAUACGGACGUGUGGGUAUGUGCGUUAGCUUUUGACGUGUGCAUAGGACAGCAUCGUGCUUGUGAUCUGUUAGACAGCCAUCCGCCCGCCCUCAUUGCACGAC